ACUUUUGAUUUGGUUGACGAAUUUGCUCAGAUUGUAUAGCUUGAUGGCUAACGUUAUUCUUUAAUCCAUCUUUAUUUUACUAAUAAAACGAUCGUUAUUUUAUAUGGCUAUGUGCAUUUUAAAGAUCGUCGUCUUGUUUUUGAUAACGUUAAGUGCUUUGAUUAGUAAUAAUUGUUUCAUCGUGUUAUUAAUAGAACGAUUAAUUUACAAUUCCUGCUACUGUAAUGUGUAACGUUAUCUCAUGAAUCUGAAGGAGCACAUGUAUCUAUUAAAUGUUUAUCAUGACCUCAACCGAAAUGCUUGUAUUACUCCUGAAGAAAUAAAAUAUGAUUGAAGUUCUUGACGGAUGAAUUCUGCUGUUUAUUAUCAUGAUGUAAAUUAAAGGUCUGUGAUGUCGCAGUGUUUCAUGUGACGCUAUUGGUCCUCCUGAGAUCUUUGAAAUGCACGGAUGUCAUCUUUACUGAAUCUCUAGUCAACAGUGAGCUACAUUGCUGGCAUGGAAGUGAAAAGCUCAGUGCAUUAUGGGAUACUGUACAUUGGCUGUAAUCCAGAAAUAUGUAAAUUCAGAUGCCCUUCAGACCGUCACCACGUCCCCAUGAACGUGUACUAAACAUGCAUUGUUUUCGGUGUCCAGACCAGAGGACCUGCGCAGAGAGUUUGGCCGUUAUGGCCCCAUUGUUGAUGUCUACGUUCCUCUCGACUUCUAUUCACGGCGACCCAGAGGAUUCGCAUACAUUCAAUAUCCUUUUCAUUUCAACUUCAGUUGCAGCCGCUGUUCUUAUGGUUCUUGAACUUCGCUUUAUGGGAAAAGCGCACUAUAAUACACUUAUUUCUAACCUUUAUUUCUCUGUUGUUGCCUCAGACUGUGUAAAGGUGUCCAGUCGUGGAGCCCGGCACAAAGACAGAGUUAAGAGCCCGGUGUAGUGUAGGACUAAAGCCCAGCCAUCAGCGUCCAGGCGAGAAAGAAAGAUUGCUACUGACAGAAAGGCAAAAGUGCUUAAAGAAAUUUAAAGCUUGAAGAGACAAAGAGGAAAAGAGGCGAUCCGGUGGGCUGCAAGCGCUCGGGUUUGAAAGGCAAAAGUACCAGGCAAUUCAAGGGUCGUCUUGGUGGCAUUUUAAAGAGCGUAAAGAUCAAGGUCAAGGUAACAUCUUGUAUCCUACACCAUUCAGGACCUUCUUUUGAUUGACGUUAAGCAUAAAUAGUUGCCUUAAACCUGAAGUAGUCAUUGUGAUGAAUCGUUGAAGGACUGCAGUCAGCAUAUGCCAUUGUUUGGUCUGUUUGAAGAUGUCUUGUCCAGUCAGUGAAUGUUGUGACGAUGAUGAGAAACCUUAACAGCACAGCAUGUUUGAAGAUGUCCGUGAUGCUGAAGAUGCAUUGCACAAUCUGGACCGAAAAUGGGUGUGUGGACGACAAAUCGAGAUCCAGUUUGCGCAGGGAGAUCGAAAGAUUUUUCAUUCGUAGCUCCUGGUCAGAUGAAAUCCAAAGAGAGACACUCCCCACACAGUUCCUCUCGAUAUGACGACAGCGAUCGAGACGGUAGACGCAGACGCUCUCGCAGCCGCAGCAACAAUAGACUCAGAUCCCGCAGCCCAUCCAACGAGAGGCGUUACAGGAGAUCUGAGAGUCCCAAAGAGUCCAGAGGAAGACGCAGCCGAGAGUUUGACAGGCGCAGACCAGCUGCCCGUGACCAGCAGAGUUCUCGUGGAAACGACCGCUCGCGCAGCAAGAGCACCUCCCAUUCUAAAAGCCGAGGCGCUCGCUCCAAAUCUCUCAGCCCACGGGAUCAGAAUGAUUUCCACACGGAGAGGCAGGACGGCCUGAACAAAACACGCGAAUGUUCCCCGUCACGCUCUCGCUCCAAGUCAGGCUCACGAUCCAGGUCUCGCUCGCGAUCGUGGGCAGGCCGCAAGUCCUGAUUUUAACACAUUGCUGUUGUUAUCAUAAUAGAUUUGUGUUGAUUUUUAUUUGAUUGUUUUUUUUGGGUGCAGUUUAAAGGGAGUUGAAUAUUGUAGGCCUGUAUGUCUUUAAAUAGUGGCUCUUUUUUUUAAAGAUUAACUAAUUUGUUAUAAUUCUAAAAACAUUGGAAGGUUUAUUAAACGAUGGUAAUUGGAUUAAGAUUACAAAUGCAGCAGCUUUGGCACAAUAAGAAGUUUGGACGGCUUUAAUUAUUUUUCUAUGAUAUUUUACUGUUUGUAGGCCAGGAAUUGAUCGUCCAUGUCUUCCAAGAGUGUUUUGAAUGUGUUUUUAUUGUGACGUCUGCAGGUCUUUUACAUGUGACCUUAAAAUGAAAUAAAUUUCACUUUUUUUCCCAGUA